ACAAUUCCUUCCAUUAUCAAGACUCAAAAAGUUGAUCCACACUUUACACCUGUUCAUCCUAUAAAGUUGUCCUAUAUAAGCAACUGGGAACUUCAAUCCAUUCAACUCCAACAAACAAAGAAAACACACACAAUCUCAACCAAAAAUCCAUGGCAACUACUUCCACUCUAUUCAUUAAAGAAUUCAUGGAAAACUUCCACUAUUCAAGAAGGCUACUCCUGGAGGCUACCGUGGCGCCGCCUCCGGCAGCCAAAAUAAGCCAUGACCCAUCUGAUCUAGUACCACUUGGUAACAACAUCAACACAUUUGAUGCAAAUGUUAUUAUGGUCUUGGCCGUACUUGUAUUUGCCUUAAUUUGUUCACUUGUCUUCAACUCCAUCAUAAAGUGUGCAUUUACGUGCUCUAACCUGGUAUCAGCGUCACUCUCAUCCUCAAACCAUAGAAACCCUUCAGCCGCAAAGCUAGCUAAUACAGGAAUUAAGAAAAAAGCCCUCAACACAUUCCCAGUUAUAACCUAUACUACUGAAUUGAAACAUCCAGGGCUUGACUCUGAGUGUGUAAUUUGCUUAUCAGAAUUUGGAGUUGGAGAAAAAGUUAAGGUUCUGCCUAAGUGCAACCAUGGGUUCCACGUCAAGUGUAUUGAUAAAUGGCUGAAUUCCCACUCUUCUUGCCCUACUUGUAGGCACUGCCUUAUUGAAACUUGCCAAAAAUUUGUACACGGAGGCACUUCUGUUACUACAACUGCAAUUCCAAACACUCAAGUAGCUCAAGAUAUCGUAAUAAGGAUUGAACCUCUCCAACGUGAAGGUGUUACAUCUAAUAACAAUCAAAAUUUGGUAGAAAAUAGUAGUGUCUAGUCUUUAGUUGAUUGGUAUGUACCACAAAUUAAAUUCAAUUGUUUCUGUACUUAUUUGGAAAAGUUUUAGCUAGCUGGAUUGAGGCCAAUGCCGAUGUAGUUUUCAAAUGAUUAAUCAUUAGUC